AUGGAGCUUGUUGUUGCUUCGAACGCCUCCAAAUCUGGGAUAGGUGCUGCCAUUUCCCACGUGUUUCCAGGUGGAGAAGAGAAGACCAUUGCUCACGCAGCACGGUCGCUGACAGUGGCGGAGAAAAAUUACAGCCAGAUUGAGAAGGAAGCGCUGGCGAUUGUUUUCACAGUGAAACGGUUUCGAAAGAUGCUGUAUGGUGGACAUGUCAAACUGAUCACGAACCACAAAUCUUUACUCUCGAUGUUUGGAUUUGUGUAUUUCUGUUUUCACAGCAAGUCGGAUACAGGGAUGGCUUACGAUUUUAGUAUACAAUACCGAUCUACGCAACAACGCAGCGAUGCUGACCCUCUAUCUCGCUUCAUCAGUUCCCACUUGAAGGAAAACGAUGACUGCAUGAUCGCACCUGUCAAAUUCGAGUCGGAAGUUCAGCGGAUCCUGGUUGACAGCGUAAGGGAGUUGCUAGUAGGUUCGGACACAAUUUGUGCGGUGACGGCAAAAGAUAAAAUCUUACUGCAAUUGAUGGGGUUUGUGCAGUCCAGUUGGCCUAAUGUCAUACUUUCGACUGAGUUACGACCUUUCCUCCAUCGGCGCGGAUCUCUUUCGGUCCUUGACAAUUGUCUAAUAUUUGGAGACCGAGUCGUGGUACCAAGGAAAUUGCGGAAGCGCACCUUACAGCAGUUUCAUUCAGGACAUCGGGGAACCAGCGGAAUGAAGGCGCCGGCGCGAAGUUUUGUGUAUUGGGUUCAGAGGGAUUCAGAAUUCGAACAGUUUUGCCAGCGUAGUGAAACAUUUUUUCAAGCGGCAAAGGCCCCCUCCAAACUGUUCGCGGCAACUUUGUCCUGA